AUGGGAGACACAAGUCCCUUGGAGAAGAUGGGAACAGAACUCAAGUGCCCUAUUUGCUUGGGUCUAUUUAAUUCAGCAGUUUCACUUUCGUGCAACCAUGUCUUUUGCAAUGAAUGUGUAGUGAAAACCAUGAAAGUGGAUGCUACUUGUCCAGUUUGUAAAAUCCCAUACCAUCGUAGAGAGAUUCGAGGUGCUCCUCAUAUGGAUAGCUUGGUGAGUAUCUACAAGAACAUGGAAGAUGUUUCUGGGCCAUCAGAUAAAGGAAAGAAUGUGAGCGAUGCUUCCAAUGAAAAGGCAAAUGAUAAGAAUGGUCAGGGAUCUAGGAAGCGCCGAGCAUCCAAGAGGAAAGAGCAUAGCAAAACCAAGGAAAAAGAUACCGAUGCCCCUGGACCCAUUGUUAUGAAACCUUCAUCUCAAACGAAGAAAAGGGUGCAGCUGUUGCAGAAUCUGUCUUCUGAAAGUGUAACAAAAUCUACUGAACUUGUUGACGUAGCUGAAGAAACUGUGAUUCGUUUGAAUGAGCAUCCGUGUGUGAACAAAGAAGAAAAUCUGGCACCCUUCUUUUGGCUGAGAGAUGAAGAUGAUGGGGAGAGCUUAAGUCAGCCAGCUGGAAGUGAUCAACUUUUAGACGUUACACCUGUUGAUGUUCCUUCUUUCAGCGAUUUGAAGGACUCGGAUCAUGAGAGCCCAUCGAAAGUGGAUGAGCAAGAAGAGCCCAAUUCAGGAGACAUGUUUGACAGUGAAAUGUUUGAAUGGACUCAAAGGCCUUGUUCUCCAGAGAUUCUACCUAGUCCUCAGAAGUCCAAGAACGUAUGUAGAGGUGAGAUUGAUGUUACUAAAAGGAAAAAGAUAUGUAAAUCAGCAACAUCCAAUAAAAAACGCAAAACAGGAAGUGCAAGAAAUACAGUUGGGGUUUCCAAGGAAGAUCACAUGGAAUCAUCUGCAGGAGCAAGUAUUGGUGGAAAAAAAGAUAGUGGUGGGACUUCUGGCACACCUACCAUGAAGGAUGGAAAUGUGGAAGCUAAACGGGCUACAAGAAGCAAGGACCAGAGUUCACGAGUUCAGGCUUGUGGAAAUAUAUGCGUAGAAGCAGAGGGGGAGCAGGGAACAAAGAGGAAAAGAUCCAGCGUUAAAAAAUCCUCUCCAGAUCACCCGGUUGCUGGGUCUAAUGAGGUCUCACCUGGAACAGAAAUUGUGGGAAAGGGGAAUCAGAAACAAGCCAAUGGUUCAGAACCUGAAAAACAAAGUCCUGCCGAGAAAUCCUCUCUGAAAAAGAGAAGAAAAUCCAGUGCAUCCUCCUGUUCGAAAGAUCUUUCUGAGAGAACUGAAAAGAAGUCUUCCAAAAAGAGAUCAAAACUUGAUUCCUGUUCAACUCCAAGCAAGAAAAUCCUAAGUGAUGAGCUGGAUCAAGUGGAUGAAAGCAAUCAUACCAUGCAAAGCGUAGAGAAGCGCUCAACAAGAAGCAAGUCUCCACAUCAUGGAGGUAGUGUACUUUUGAGACGAUGUGAUGGACCUCCAACAAAUAAAUUCACAUGUGCCUUUUGUCAGUCUUCAGAAGUAACAGAGGCUUCAGGAGAAAUGGCUCACUACCACAGUGGUGAACCUGUCUCUGCAGAUUUUAAUGGUGGGUCUAAGCUCACACACGUUCACAAAAACUGUGCUGAAUGGGCUCCAAAUGUAUACUUCAACAAACGUACCGCAGUCAACCUUGAUGUGGAGUUGACAAGAAGCCGGAGAAUAAGUUGCAGUUGCUGUGGGCUUAAAGGCGCAGCACUUGGCUGUUACAAUGAGAGUUGCAAGAACAGUUUUCAUGUUACGUGUGCAAAACUGAUGCCAGAAUGCAGAUGGGACAAUGAAAACUUUGUGAUGCUAUGCCCUUUGGAUGCAUCCCUUAAGUUGCCAUGUGAAGAGACAAGUCCAAAAGGAAGAAAACGCAAGCCUACUCCCAAAAAACCACUGCAAUCUCAGGCUAAUCAAGCAUCUGAUAAAACUGACACCGCUGAGCUCCAGAGCAAGCCUUUCCACGGAUUACCCAAGAAAUUAGUUUUAUGCUGUUCAGGACUUACAGAUGAUGAGAAGAGUGUGAUUACAGAAUUUGCUGAACUGUCCGGAGUUACAAUCUCGACAAAAUGGGAACCAAGUGUUACACAUGUCAUUGUAUCAGUCGACGAAAACGGAGCCUGCAGAAGGACCCUCAAAUUCAUGAUGGGGAUAUUGGAGGGGAAAUGGAUUCUUAGCAUUGAUUGGAUCAAGGCCUGUAUGAAAGACACAAAGUAUGUAAGCGAGGAGCCAUAUGAGAUUUCCAUGGAUGUUCAUGGAAUACGUGAAGGGCCUCAUAUCGGAAGACAGAGAGCUUUGAACAAGAAACCAAAACUGUUUAACGGACUGAAGUUUUACAUAAUGGGAGAUUUCGAGCUUGCUUACAAAGGGUAUCUUCAAGAUCUGAUUGUUGCAGCAGGAGGAACAAUCCUGUGCAGGCGGCCUAUUUCUAAUGGUAAAGAAGAAGCUUCAACGAUCAUAGUAUUUAGUGUUGAGCCAAUCAAGAACAAAACUCUGACGCAAAGAAGAAGUGAUGCUGAAGCUUUGGCUAAAUCUGCAAGAGCCAGAGCUGCAAGCAAUUCAUGGGUCUUGGAUUCUAUUGCAGGUUGCCAAAUCUUAGACUUAAUCUAA